UGGAGGUUAAUUUCGCUAACAACGACUCAAUUUAAAGGAUUUUUCUUUUUAAAUACUUAAGCAAACAGACAUUUAUAUAUAAAUUAGACGCAGCUCGGCACCAUUGAAUUUUAGGUAUCAUUGGAAUAAUAAGAUGUCUCGACGAGUUGCCUUACUUUUAUGGAUAUGCGUGCAUGCAACGCUUGCACUUGAUGAUCCCAUUAUAGAAGAUUCUGACCUUAAUACGCUGGAGCUACUUGAAAAGUACGGGUAUCCAGCCGAAAAUCAUACGGUCCAGACUGAAGAUGAUUAUUUUUUGAAUAUACAUCGAAUCCCCAGACCCAAUGCAAAGCCCGUUUUGCUAAUGCAUGGUCUAUUGGAUAGCUCUGCGACGUGGGUGAUUAUGGGACCCGAAAAGGGACUAGGUUACUGGCUCUACGACCAGGGCUACGAUGUGUGGAUGGGCAAUGUGCGUGGCAACACCUAUUGUAGGAAACACGCCAGUUACACGCCCGACGACAGCGAGUUUUGGGAUUUCUCGUUUCACGAAAUAGGCAUCUUUGAUUUACCUAAAAUCAUUGAUCAUGUACUCGAACAAACGGACUCUACGCAACUUCACUACAUUGGACACUCACAGGGCACCACUUCCUUCUGGAUAAUGGGUAGUGAGCGUCCCGAGUACAUGGAAAAAAUCCAGUUCAUGCAGGCCCUGGCUCCGGUUGCAUUUUUUAAGGAUUGCAAGAGUCCUCCCUUGAAUUUCUUGGGUGCAACCCCAUUAUCCUCAACUCUUUUACUGCAGAUGCUGGGCGCAAAUGAAUUCCUGCCGCAGACCGAAUUUACAGAAACGGUCAGUGCUGCGGUUUGCGAUGGUACGGAAUUUGGCGCUAGGCUCUGUUCGAAUACUCUCUUCCUCUUCACGGGCUUUGACAAGGAGCAACUGAAUGAGACCAUGUUGCCGACGAUCCUGGGACAUGCUCCCGCUGGAGCCUCGACCAAGCAAAUACUGCACUUUGGCCAAAUGAAAUCACUGAACGAUUUUCGCAAAUACGACUAUGGCCCAUUUGAGAAUCAAUUGCGAUACAAAAACUUUCUUCCACCCAAAUAUAAGCUGGAAAAUGUGAAUGCCAAGGUGGCCUUAUAUUAUGGCCUUAAUGAUUGGCUGGCGCAGCCCGGCGAUGUGACGACGCUUUACUUUAAAUUGCCAAAUGUGCAAUUUAAAUAUCUGGUGGACUAUCCGAAGUUCAAUCAUCUGGAUUUCAUGUGGGGCAUUGAUGCACGAGAGCUGCUCUACAAUCGCAUGCUUGAGAGUAUGCGUUAUUAUGAGAACGAGCAAGAGAUUAACUUGUAAUUAAUUUGGCGAAACUGGGUAUAGUCUAACGAUCCCAAAAACUGGCCGCAAAAACCUUUCAGUUAUAAAAAAGCAAGGUAUAAAACAAGUUUCUUCUCUUUUUGAACAUUGUGUAAAUAUAUUUGUUAAUGUAUAGAAUGAAAGCUGUAGCAGUUAGUAUUAUAUUUAGGAUUAGCUGUGUGUAAAAUGGUUUCUCAAUAAAAAUAUGGUACUUUUGUGAAUA